CGCGAGAUCAUUCUCAGUCUUCUUCUACUGUUCGUGGAUGAAAGCCAAUGGUCUGUGAUCUUAGCCCUAAUGGCUAACCUCUCUAUCCUCAUUCACGAACUCCGGGAGCGAAUCGCCGCCUCUUCUUCCUCCUCUCUUGGCGGCGGCGGCGAUGGGGAUGAGGAUCCUCUCGAGUCGCGCUUCCGCGUCGUCCUUCCUAACCUCCUCCACGCUUAUGUCGUCCCGUCAUCCUCUGCCAAGGAACGAGAGGUCACGGCCGUGCUGAAACUCCUCUCCCACACCGCUCGGAACUUCCCCGGAGUUUUCUUCUACGGCAAGGCAGCGGCAGUCCUCCCUGUUAUCGGCCGUGUUCUCCCAUUCCUCGCUGAGCCCACAUUCCGGUCCCUCCACGAGCUGAUCUUCGAAACUGCAUCGACCCUGCUUUCGUUGCUCCGCACGGGAGAGCGAGAUGCUUACUGCCAGUUCUUCCAGGACGCUAUGCAGGCUGUCGAAGAUAUUGCUUAUGUGGCAUACCUGCACCAGGACAUGGUGCUAUCAAGGAGUGUUUCGUUGAGGUGCUUCUGUGAGACAUUUGCUUUAAUUUCUACUUCCACAUCGCUGUUCAGCGAGAUUCCUGCUUGUUGUCAGCCGGAGGAUGGCGCGGGUAUUGCAGUUGAUCUCGGCGAGAAGACUCGGUGGCAGUCGUUUGCUGCAUGGAUUAUUAGGCUUCUGAGCAAAUGCCUUACCGAUGGGACCCUUUAUGUGGAAGGGUUAGUGAAUACAUCAUUUGUUUCUGCUGCCUGCUAUCUUUUGUGCCACGGCGAUGGGACUUUGCAUACGGCUUGUUUUGAGUUUGUACGUAUUACAAUGUCAGUUGUAGAUGCUGACAUAAUUCCGGUGGAAAAUUUCAUUCGUUCAAUUGUAUGCAUUCUGCAGCAUGAUGAGGAAGAACAUGCUGUUUUCAGAAACCUUGUCUAUGAUUCUUCUGUCGGUGCUUGUUUUCAUGUACUGCAUUCAACUUGUCAAGAUGAGAUUGUCAAAUCUACAGCCAGUGAAAUAGUUCGAGUUUUCCCUAAAUUAUUGCAAAGUACAGAAAGCACUGAACUUCAGGUAGCAUUGUGCAGUGCAUACAUACGUAUUGCAAAAAUUUGUCCCAUAAAUAUAUGGAAGCCGGCACAGCUUAUUAGAGUACUAUCCUCGUCAAAACCCUGUUUGUCUCUAAUUGAGUGUAUUCAAAUGGCUGCCUGUGUUCUGGAUUCAUUUCAUGCUUGCAAUGAUUAUGUUGUUUGUCAAGGCAUUUCAUGUGUAAGUGGCAAAGAUUUUGAUAUUGCAAAAGUUGGCGAAAAAAGGUCUACACAGAGCACUCAUUGUGACAUAAAGCGACAAAAACUACAGGACAUAAAAGAAUUUCCUAUUGUUGAUAUUCAUAUUAGUUGUGAACCCAAUGAAUCCUCUUCUUGUGAAGAUAAUAAGAAAUGUGUAAAUGAUCUACAAAUUACACUUUCCAAAUUUAUCGACUUUUCAAGGCCUGAAAAUUGUGGAACUUCUCCUUUGCGGCCAGAAACUUCAAUAACGGCUCUUAGUCUGCUCUCUACUGCAUUUUGUCUAUAUCCAAAAGUCACCUUAGCUACUGGCAUCUUUCAGCAAGUUUUUUCCUGGAUUCCAUGGAUGUGCCAACAGGAAAAGGCUACAGGAGCACUUUCAUUUGGAUUGUCCAUUUAUUUGGUAGCAAUUCACAACAUAUUACUUCUGCAAGGCUCAGUUCACAAACAGAUGGUUUUCUUCAAGGUUGACAGUUCCUUUGAUGGUGGAAGUGGGCUGAGUCUCUUCACUCCAAGAUAUGAUGAUUUGAUUUAUUUGCUAAAAUUGGCAUGGACGAAUGAGCCUGGUAUUGGUCUUUUUGAUCCUGUCUGGAAGAUUAAAUGCCUUUCGAUCCAGGUUCUCUCCAAACUUGGUCCCUCGAGUGUGGAAUGCAAGCUUGAGGUGCUGGAUAUGGCUAUAAAUGAUGAAACUGAACAAGUGCGAGUUGAAGCUGCUAUUUCUUUGCCUGUGAUUAUCCUGUGUUCUGGUCACCAUAUACUGGAAAGUAUUUUUCAAAGAUUGGAGUCAAUUUGUUCAGGCAAAAGUGAAAUAGUUGGUCGAUCAAUCCUCUAUUCAUUAGGCUAUUUGUCAUGCUUAUAUAACUCAUGUGCUUAUUCUGAUCAUCCAGAUGGAAAUUCUUGCCAUUUAUUUAUAACUAAUAACUAUGACAGACAUGUUCAGACAAUAGAUCUUCUCUCUACUGGUUUUUGGUGUUCCAAAUGUGACAAAGGAGUGCAACACAGUGGAUCUUUCUGGUCCAUGCCUAAACUGCAAAAUUCAAAGCUUGAUAUAAACUUUGAUCGCGUUAAUUUACCUUCCAUUUUUCUGCAACUUCUUUAUAAGGAAUCAUCAGAAGCCUUUCUGGUUGCUUAUGUUACCGUCCUUCCCCGAAUUCUAAAGCAUGCAGAUCAGAGUACUCUGCUUACUACGAAAUAUAAAUGGAUAGAGUGUAUUGAUUAUUUUCUUCUCCACAAAAUGAGAGCAGUCAGGGAAGCAUUUAGUACUGGAAUAAUUUGCUUCGUUGAUAAACACAUUUUAGAGGCCUUGUUUAUGGAUGGAGAGACCAGCAACAAGACCAAAGAGCAGAAGUUCCUGGACAGAAUGAAACAUGCACUAGCCGUUACUCAGGAUCCAUUGAUUUUGAUGACUGUUUUGGAAACAAUAGCUGAGAUAAUGAAUUUUUCUGAUUGCCAUGAAAAACUUUUCUUGUACUCCCUUGUUUUGUUUGUUGAUCAGCUUGAUAAUGAAAAUGACAUGGUGAGGCUAACUGCAUCGCGACUAAUACACAGGUCGCCCCGUUUCAAUCCCAAAGGAGGAUUCGAAGCAAUCCUUUCGAAAUUCUUUCACAUUAGAGAUGGAUUGUUUGAGUAUCUCUCUGCGAGGCUUGUGAGUCGCCCCACUCUGAUCCAUAAAUUUGCUGAAACUGUUUUUGGGAUUAAAGCUGGAGAACUUGUCGGAAGAAUGGUUCCUUUUGUUAUACCUCAGCUGAUUGCUUCACACAAAGUUGAUGAUCAUGCAAUGAUUAUAUUGCAUGAGUUAGCAAGCCAUUUGGAUACUGAUGUAGUACCCCUAAUUGUGAAUUGGCUGCCAAAGGUGCUGGCAUUCGCUCUUCUUCAUGAAGAUGGAGAGCAACUAACUUCUGUUUUAGAAUUCUAUCAUUUCCAAACAGGAUCUGACAAGAAGGAAAUUUUCUCUGCUGCUUUGCCCGCGCUUAUAGAUGAACUUUUAUGCUUUCCUGUGGAGGAGGACAUGAAUGAAACUGAAAGAAGGACAACAAGAAUUUCAGCAAUGAUCCAGGAGGUUUCUGUAAUCCUGACUGGAUCUGUUGAUCUUCCAGCAUUUUUAAAGAAUCACUUUGUUCGACUUCUUAACAGCAUUGAUAGGAAAAUGCUGCGUGUUGAUGAUCUUCAGCUACAGAAACAAGCCCUUAGACGUAUAGAGAAGUUGAUAGAGAUGAUGGGAUCUUUCCUUAGUGCUCAUGUUCCCAAAAUUAUGGUUCUUCUCUUGUAUGCUAUUGACAAGGAAGAUCUUCAAUAUGAUAGUCUAAGUGUACUGCAAGUAUUUAUCAACAAACUGGCUGAACUCUCCCCUUCCACCAUUAAGCAUGUUAUUUCACAAAUUGUAGCUGCAUUCAUUCCAUGCUUGGAACGCCACGGUGAAGUCCCUUCCUCUCAUUUGGGAAAAAUUGUGGCGAUUUUGGAAGACCUUGUGGUGAAGAACGGGUUGACGCUGCGGCAACAAAUUCGGGAACUCCCACUUUUACCUACUGUUCCGGCUUUGUCUAAGGUUAACAUGGUUAUUCAGGGGGCAAGGGGUUCAAUGACUUUGAGGGAGAACUUACAAGAUGUCAUAGAUGGUCUCAACCAUGAGAGCUUAAAUGUAAGAUAUAUGGUGGCAUGUGAGUUGAGCAAGCUGUUGAACACAAGAAGAGAAGAUGUUACUGUCCUUGUAGCUGGUGAAGCCACACCAGAUUUGGAUCUCAUUAGCUCUCUAAUCACAUCUUUGUUUAGAGGCUGUGCAGAGCAGUCCAGAACUACUGUUGGGCAAAGGUUGAAAUUAGUCUGUGCGGAUUGCUUAGGAGCUGUUGGGGCAGUUGACCCUGCAAAAUUUAAGGGAGUCGCUUCUCAACGUUUCAAAAUUGAAUGUUCAGAUGAUGAUCUUAUUUUUGAGCUUAUAAACAAGCAUCUUGCAAGGGCAUUUCGGGCUGCAUCAGACACCAUUGUUCAGGACUCAGCUGCUUUGGCCAUACAAGAGCUUCUGAAACUAGCUGGUUGCCAAGCUUCUCUGAAUGAGACUACAGGUACAGAUUCUACUGAGAUAAUUGAUGUAGAAAGUAGCAAAGCAUACAAGGAGAUGAAUAAGAGGGGACAGAUAUUUUGGGAUCGUUUUUCUAAUUAUAUUAAAGAAAUUAUUGCGCCAUGCUUGACCUCAAGAUUUCAACUACCGAACAUAACUGAUUCUGCAUCUUUGGGUCCAAUUUAUCAUCCUUCCAUGUCAUUUCGACGGUGGAUUUUCUGCUGGAUCAGGAAGCUUACUGCUCAUGCAACAGGGUCUCGUUUCAGUAUCUUCAGCUCAUGCCGUGGUAUAGUACGCCAUGACAUGCAAACAGCCACUUAUUUGCUUCCAUAUUUAGUCCUUAAUGCUGUCUGCCACAGCUCUGUUGAGGUACGUUGCAGCAUAACUGAGGAAAUCCUCUCUGUUCUUAAUGCUGCGGCUUCAGGAAACAGUGGUGGUGGUGCUACAUUUCAUGGAGUAUUUGGGGGACAGAAUGAAGUCUGUAUUCAGGCUGUUUUCACUCUGAUUGAUAAUCUGGGGCAGUGGGUGGAUGACCUGAAACAAGAAAUUGCUCUCUCCCAAUCUCUUGGAGUUUCAACCUCUAAACAAACACCUAAAGGUGAAGACACAAAUGGGCUUGUUUCUGAUGCAGAUAAGCUCCUUGUGCAAUGCAGUAAUGUUUAUGAGCUUUUAUCUGCCAUUCCUAAGGUUACUCUUGCAAAAGCUUCCUUCAGAUGUCAUGCACAUGCUCGUGCACUGAUGUACUUCGAAUCGCACGUGCGGGAGAAUUCUGGGUCCUUCAAUCCAGCUGCUGAGAGCAGUGGUUUCUUUUCUGAUGAAGACAUCUCAUUUCUUAUGGAGAUAUAUAGUGUUCUCGAUGAGCCUGAUGGCCUUUCUGGCUUAGCAAAUCUGCGAAAAUCUUCUACGCUCCAAGACCAGCUUCUUAUAAAUGAGAAGGCAGGAAACUGGGCAGAAGUUCUAACCUUUUGUGAGCAAGCUCUGCGGCUGGAACCUGAUUCAAUUCAAAGACAUUCUGGUGUUCUUAACUGUUUGCUAAAUAUGUGUCAUCUUCAGGCCAUGGUAACUCAUGUUGAUGGUUUGAUAUUUAGAAUACCUGAUUAUAAGAAGAGUUGGUGCAUGCAGGGUGUGCAGGCUGCUUGGAGGUUAGGCAGAUGGGAUCUAAUGGAGGAGUACCUUUCUGGUGCAGAAACAAAUGGUCUCAUCUGCGGAAAUUUUGAGAAUAACGCUUCUUUUGACAUUGGCCUUGCUAAGAUUUUUCAGGCAAUGAUGAAAAAAGAUCAAUUUUUAGUUGCGGAGCGAAUCGCACAGUCUAAACAUACUUUACUUGUCCCUUUAGCUGCCGCUGGCAUGGAUUCCUAUAUGCGGGCAUAUCCAUAUGUGGUGAAACUUCAUCUCCUCUGUGAGUUGGAAGAUUACCAUACUUUCUUAGGAGAGGAGUCAUUUCUGGAAAAAUCAUUCAGUCCUGAAGAUCCAAAGUUUGCUAAAAUUAUCACUGACUGGGAACAUAGAUUGAAAUUAACACAACCAUCUCUCUGGGCAAGGGAACCACUCCUAGCUCUACGCAGACUAGUCUUUGGUGCCAGUGGCCUUGAUGCACAAGUAGGUAACUGUUGGCUUCAAUAUGCAAAGCUUUGUCGCUCCUCUGGCCACUAUGAAACAGCUCAUAGAGCCAUAUUGGAAGCUCAUGCUUCAGGUGCUCCUAAUGUCAACGUGGAGAAGGCGAAGCUUCUAUGGAGCACAAAGAAAUCUGAUUCUGCUAUAGCCGAAUUGGAGCAAUGUCUUCUGAAUAUGCAUGCGGAAGUUCUGGGCAAUGCUGCAGUCUCAUCACUCACUAGUCUUUCGCUUGGAUUGCCAAAUCCACCAUUGCUUUGUUCCACACAAGCAUCAAAAGAGAAUCAGGAAGUGGCUAAAAUCAUUCUUCUCUACACAAGAUGGAUCCAUCACACAGGCCAGAAACAGAAGGAAGAUAUUAUAAAUCUUUAUUCAAGAGUUAGAGAGCUGCAACCAAAAUGGGAGAAUGCAUACUUUUUCAUGGCGAAGUAUUUGGAUGAUCUUCAUGUUGAUGCCAGAAAGCGGCAAGAGGAUAAUUUGCUGGUUGGUGCUGGUGGUUCAUUAAAUCCUGUAGCUGAUGAGAAGCCAUGGUGGUCUCACCUUCCUGACGUGUUACUGUUUUAUGCUAAAGGCCUUCACAGAGGACAUAAGAAUUUAUUCCAAGCUCUGCCAAGAUUGCUAACGCUCUGGUUCGAGUUCGGAAGUAUGUACCACAACCACAGAGAUGGAGCGUCAACAAAUAAAUCUAUGAAAGCUGUUAAUUCGAGGGUUCUAAGUAUCAUGCGUGGUUGUCUGAAAGAUCUGCCAACUUAUCACUGGCUUACCGUGCUGUCUCAGCUAGUCUCACGGAUCUGUCAUCAGAACGAAGAAACUGUUAAAAUUGUAAAGCAUAUAAUUACAUCUGUUCUGCAGGAAUAUCCACAGCAAGCUCUUUGGAUGAUGGCUGCUGUUUCUAAGUCAACAGUAGCGGCAAGGCGCGAUGCUGCUUCUGAGAUAAUUCAAGCGGCACGAAAAGGGUUCCGCCAUGGAAACGAUAAUAGCAAUCUGUUUGUUCAGUUUGCUGGUUUGAUAGAUCACUUAAUUAAGCUGUGCUUCCACCCAGGACAGCCUAAGGCAAGGAAAAUCAAUAUAUCUACUGAAUUCAGUGCUUUAAAGAGAAUGAUGCCACUGGGGAUUAUAUUACCCAUUCAACAGGCUCUUACUGUCACACUUCCUUCAUAUGAUUCUCCUGGUUUCAUGUUCUCAGCCGCGGAUCAUCCCACAAUUUCUGGAAUUGCAGAUGAGGCUGAAAUUCUUUCAUCGCUUCAGAGGCCAAAGAAGGUCAUCUUUCUCGGCAGCGAUGGUGUUCACCGCGCCUUCCUUUGCAAACCUAAAGACGAUCUUCGAAAAGACGCUCGUAUGAUGGAGUUCACCGCCAUGAUAAACCGUCUCCUCUCCAAGUUCCCCGAGAGCCGAAGAAGAAAGCUUUACAUUCGCACCUUCGCUGUAAUCCCUUUUACAGAAGAUUGCGGGAUGGUGGAAUGGGUUCCGCAGACUCGCGGCCUCCGCCAUAUUCUCCAAGAUAUCUACAUAACACGCGGGAAAUUCGAUCGGCAGAGGACGAAUCCUUUGAUCAAGAAGAUCUAUGAGCAAUGCCAGGGUAAGAUGGCUGAGGAGGAGAUGUUUAAGUCGAAAAUUCUGCCGAUGUUCCCUCCUAUUUUUCAUCAAUGGUUUCUUACGACGUUUUCGGAGCCGGCGGCUUGGUUUCGAGCGAGGGUUGCUUAUGCCCACACGACUGCUGUUUGGUCCAUGGUGGGACAUAUUGUUGGGCUGGGGGACAGGCAUGGAGAAAACAUUCUGUUCGACUCGACGACGGGGGACUGUGUUCAUGUUGAUUUUAGUUGCCUUUUCGAUAAAGGGUUGCAGUUAGAGAAGCCUGAACUUGUGCCUUUCAGGUUAACUCAGAACAUGAUAGAUGGGCUCGGAAUAACUGGAUAUGAAGGCGUAUUUCUGAAAGUAUGUGAGAUAACUCUGUCGGUACUGAGAACACAUAAGGAGACGCUCAUGAGUGUUCUUGAGACCUUCAUUCAUGAUCCCCUUGUUGAGUGGACCAAAUCUCACAAAUCCAGCGGUAUAGAAGUUCAAAAUCCUCACGCGCAGAGGGCUAUCAGUAACAUCAAAGCAAGGCUUGAAGGUGUUGUGGUCGGUGUUGGUGCAGCGCCAUCUCUUCCUUUGGCCGUGGAAGGACAAGCAAGACGGCUAAUUGCUGAGGCCGUGUCGCACAAGAACUUGGGUAAGAUGUACAUCUGGUGGAUGCCCUGGUUUUAAUGAAAUGUCCCAAAGCUGUAAAUCCUGAAGCUUGAUGUUCUUUCAGUCUUUGGAUGCGUGCUGGAAGUGCCCUUGUGGGGACAUGAGGUUUUUGGAUCAUUGGCAUCUAGAAGGUCCCCACCUUCCCCAGAAUCAUACCUCUCCUGUUGAAAUUUUGAAGCACAAAAGGCUUAUGGCUGAGUGAGCCAAAAUACUACACUACCUGGAAUUAUACCAUCCGAGUAUAUAUUACUGCUUUGUUUCGUAGCCCUGAGAAAAGCAGAUCUUAGAUCAAUAAGGUUGCAUCAUACAGAAGAGAUCAGGUAAAUUCCCAUAGCUACAUGAACUAUUUCCAUAUUUGCAUUAUGUAAAUAAAAUCUUCGUUAAACUCCAGCUUCAGUUUCUAUUAGGUUUUUAGGUUAAAUGUUCUUUUUGUUUGGCUUUGAAACCAUUAAGGUAAAUAUAUCAUUUUUUUUUUCUACUU